AUGACGUCUCCCAUCACCCCCAGAAGCAUGGGCUCAGAUGACGAGAUCCCUAUGGAAAGGAAUGCUGGUCUCAUCAUGGGUACGAAUAACAGCAGCAUUGUGUCCAAGAGAAGCGUGGAAAGGCUCUAUCUUCCUCAACCUCACUUCUAUCGAUACUUCGUUAGAAAACCCCAACGGAGGUCGCCCACCAUUAAUCGUGGAUAUUGGCUUCGUAUGAGGGCCAUUGAUUGGGUUGUCAGACAGUUCUUGGAAAGACCUUCUGAUCAAAAGAAAGUCAUCAUCAACUUGGGUUGUGGCUAUGAUCCGAUUCCAUUCCAAUGGAUGUCCCAGGACCGAGAAUUAUGCAGCAAUACUAGAUUUAUCGAUGUCGACUUUGAAGAGCUGAUGAUUAGCAAACGAGAAAUCAUCCUGAAUACUCCCAAGAUGAGAGACAUGCUUUCACUCAUUGGCGAUCUGCCAUUGGAGAAGGGGAUAAUACUCGACACGGACGAGUAUGUCGCCUUGGGCUGUGAUUUGCGGAAUUUACGAAGGUUAGAGCAUCUGCUCAAAUCUGUUGUUGAUAUUGAGCAGUGUCUCGUUCUCUUCAUUGCCGAGGUCAGCAUCACGUACAUGGCUACUGAAGACUCGGAUGCUUUGAUCGCAUGGACAACAAGUCUUGCGCCUGGUAAGUCUCCUGACCGACCGGAUAAUCCGUUCACGGCGGCCAUGUUGAACCACUUUUCCAAAUUGGGCACCCCUCUGCGCUCUGUCCUCACAUAUCCUGGGAACCACACUCAAACACUCCGUUUUCAGGGAGCCGGGUUUUCCAUAGUCGACAUACAGAGUUUGUGGGAAUUAUGGGCAGAUCCUAGAUUUUUGUCUCCAUCUCAAAGAAUGUCACUGGAUGAGGUCGAACCUUUCGACGAAUGGGAAGAGUUCGCUUUAUUCGCAUCGCACUAUUGUCUGAUCAUAGCACAGACGGGGCCUGAGCCGCUGAUUCCAGAACAACCCAGAUCUAGAAGAGCUUCAAUUGAUAGUUUCGCAUCAGAUCUCUCGACAAGAACAGUCUCGCCAUACAGGGGAAAGACACAAUGGUUUGCAUACAAAUACUCCGCGAACCCAGACCGAGAAGGGAGAACUCAUCACGCUUCUGCUUUUUUUAUACCCGGUCAAGAUGCCAUAGGUGUCCAUGGUGGUGUCGGGCUGAAAAAUCGACUGUCUAGUACGUCAGUCUAUGCAUCAGCCGAUUCCAAGGUGUCCGCCCCCACUCUUCCACCAGAAGAUGUUGGAGCUAGAUGUUGUCAUACCAUAACAUCUCUUGCCAAUGGAUGGAAUGUCUUAGUUGGUGGCCGUGGGUCACCAUCGGCUCCUAUGAAGGAUUGCUGGUUACAAACCGAAUCAGGGUGGGAAAGAAUUCAAGACCUCCCUGAACCCCGUUUCCGGCAUCGAGCGGUCGCCGUGGUGCUUCCGUACAAUGAAUACGGUGUGGUCGUCUUUGGUGGAAAGACUUCGGCGACCAAGGUUGCCCUCGAUUGUCUGCUCUGGGAUAGGGUAAAUGGCUGGCAAAAACUCCGAUCUCUUCGAUCAGAUCCCAUGCCCCGAUUUGGAGCAAGCUUUGUCCGCUUAGGAUUCAACCACGGUCUCCUUUUUGGAGGUAUGCGACACGACGGCGUCAUAUGCCAAGGUCUCUGGCGAUGGAGGCUGAUUAUCAGAGACAAUGCCGUUGCCGGAAUCAGCUUUAAGACCUCCACUGCUUUGGACACUUCGGCCGGUAUUUGGCCCUGGUUGGCUCGGCUUGGGGCUUCAUACAGCGUCAUCCGGAACGAACUACUGGUCAUCGGCGGAGUGGCAAAGCACGGCUGUAUCCCAAAGGACUACGAAAUAUUGUCCAUCCUGGGGAGUUUCUCUGCUUUUGGAGAAUUCGAAAAGGAGAUGGAACUGAGAGUGGCCUGCGUGGUUCCGAAGAAGGACCCCGAUGUUCCUCGCCCCUUUUUAAUUGGUCAUUCGACUCACCGAUCAGGCAAAGAAACUACCUUGCUCGUCGGUGGAGGAGCAACCUGCUUCAGCUUUGGUGCAUACUGGAACCCCGGCUGUUGGCUCUUGUACGAUCGUGAAGCAGGGAUAAGUUCACAUUGGGCUCUGAUUAAACCUGCGCCGGUGAAAGCCUUGCCACCACCCGUUCCAAAGGAUGACAGUCCUACACCACAGCCAAUGUCAAUCGAACGUAUAAGACUUUGCGAUGAAAAGGAGUUUACAGACAUUCUUCGAGAAGGCAUCCCUAAGGUCUUCGCUUCCCUCGACAUUGGACCAUGCAUUUCCGAAUGGACUCCAUGUAAACUCCUCUCAAAGAUUCCGCCCUCGAAAUCCAUUGUCGUCCACUCCGCUGCAACCCGAACGAUGAACUUCCAACGCAAAGACUUCGUGUAUACGGCCAUGCCCUUCCACGAAUUCAUCAACCAACUAGAAAACAACCAAGACGCACACAUGUACCUACGAUCUAUCUCGAGCACGAAUCCGACCCAACUCCCCGCUAACUUCAACACCGAUUGGCCAGAAUUAUCUUCAGACUUUCAACUCCCAACACCCCUGCGCUUCAUCAAACAAACCCAACACAGCAGUCCCUUACGUAUCAGCGCCAACGUCAACAUGUGGCUACACUACGACGUGAUGGCUAACGUGCUGUUCCAAGUCCGGGGCAGGAGGAAGCUGAUCCUCUUCCCUUCCGAGGACAUCAAAUACCUCAGUUUUCCGGCCGGUGCGACGACAUCAACACUCGAUAUCCUCGAAGCAGCGGAGCACCCGGAAAAGGAAGAAGACAGACUAAAACCCAUCCCAAACACACACCCUCACAUCACAAUCCUGCGACCAGGAGAAGCACUCUUCAUCCCUCCACUCUGGGCUCAUUCAGGAACUCCGAUGCCACCCCAGCCGCCGUCGAACGUAGAUGCGCCUUCCCCUGACAAUUCGCGGAUUAACAUCUCCCUCAACGUCUUCUUCCGCACGAUCCCCGCGACAAUGUACCCCGCUGGCCGCGACGUGUACGGAAACCGGGAUCUCGCCGCAUACGAGGACGCACGGCGGGAUCUGGACAAGAUCGUUCGACGAUUCACAGCUAUAAGCGUGAAGCAGAAAGUCAAUGGUGACAAUAGCUCUGCUUCAACGACGACGCAGGGAGAUGUGCCGGUGGAUAUUCACGAGAGCAUCCCAAAGCCGAUCGCGAAGGCGUACCUUGAGAGACUGGCUGAUGAGUUGAAGGAGAAAGCCGAGAGGCUGUGA